AUAUUCAUUUAUCGGAGGAAAUUAGGAUAAAGGUUAAUCACGAAGAUGGAGAAUAAUUCUAUGGACCUGUUUUGCGGCUCUACAUUUUGGGAUUCAAACCUAACUUGGUACACCGAGGACCCAGAAAUAACGCCAUGUUUUCAAAAAACAGUGCUGGUAUGGGCACCGUGCAUAUUCCUCUGGAUAUUUUCGUUGCUGGAAACGUAUUAUCUGAUAAACAGCAAAAGAAAAAAUAUUCCUUAUACCUGGAAGUUUAUUUCCAAAGGAGUACUUACAAUUGUUCUUAUAGUACUUAGCAUUGUUGAUUUAGCAGUAGCAAUACAUAAUAGCAAUUAUACGACAGUUUUCAAUGUUGAAUAUUACACGCCGUUUAUUAAAAUCAUUACCUUUGGUUUAGCAUUAUUAUUGAUGCAUUACAAUAGGAAAUGUGGAAUGCGAACUUCUGGAUUGUUGUUUUUGUUUUGGUUCUUAUUGGCCUGUUGUGGUGCCGUACAAUUCAGAAGUCUUAUCAGGGAUUAUAAUAAUCAACCUGAGCUGCCUUACUCUUUUGUAUCAUACAUGAUAUAUUACCCAGUGGUAUUGGUAUUACUAUUGCUCAAUUUUCUUGUGGAUGCAGAGCCGAAAUUUUCACGAUACGGUCAGGUGGAAAGACCAUGUCCGGAGCAAGCUGCGUCGUAUCCAUCAAGAAUAUUGUUCGCUUGGUUCGAUGGACUGGCGUGGAAGGGUUUCAAAAAGCCCUUGACUACCUCUGACUUGUGGUCGAUGAACCCGGAGGAUACCGCAGCGGAAAUAGUUCCGAAGUUCAAUAAAUAUUGGACGAGAAAUAUGCAAAAAUGUGACAACCAGAGUACCAAGGCCUCAUUUCGCAAAGCCUCUGGCCAAGUUGACUUCGACAGUACCCGGAAGAGAAAAGUCGCAUCUGUUAUUAUACCUCUAUACAAAAUAUUUGGUCCAACUCUUCUUUUUGGCGCGUUACUUAAAUUAUCACAAGAUAUAAUGACGUUUAUCAGUCCUCUAGUAUUAGGAUUACUUAUAAACUUUGUAUCAGGAAAAGAAGAAAUGUGGAAGGGUUAUUUUUACUCCGUUCUUCUUCUGCUAACAGCGAUAUCUCAAACAUUAGUCUUGUCGCAGUACUUCAACCGGAUGUUUAUCGUGGGCAUGAGAAUGCGCACAGCCCUUGUCGCGGCUAUUUAUCGUAAAGCGCUUAGAAUGUCAAACGCCGCACGUAAAGAAUCAACAGUGGGUGAAAUAGUAAAUUUGAUGUCCGUGGAUGCGCAACGAUUCAUGGACUUGAUGCCGUACAUCAACAUGAUCUGGUCAGCGCCUUUGCAAAUCGGGGUUGCGCUUUACUUCCUCUGGGGUGAGCUAAAUGCUGCUGUUUUUGCUGGUCUAGCUGUCAUGAUUGUUCUUAUUCCAAUAAACGCCUUUAUUGCCAAUAAAGUCAAGACUUUGCAGAUAAAACAAAUGAAGAGCAAAGACGAAAGAGUUAAACUCAUGAAUGAAGUAUUAAACGGCAUUAAAGUACUUAAAUUAUACGCAUGGGAGCCGUCAUUUGAGCAACAAAUUUUAAAAAUAAGAAGUAAAGAAAUAAAGGUAUUAAAAGAAGCGGCAUAUCUUAACGCGGGAACAAGUUUUAUAUGGUCCUGCGCUCCGUUUUUAGUUUCUUUCGUGUCAUUUGCUACCUAUGUCUACAUUGACCCUACAAAUGUCCUGGACAGCAAGAAAGCUUUUGUGUCUUUGAGUUUAUUUAAUAUCCUGCGGUUCCCGCUGUCAAUGCUACCCAUGGUGAUAAGCAACUUUGUACAGGCGAUGGUUUCCAUCAAACGAAUAAAUGCAUACAUGAAUGGGGAAGAAUUAGAUCCAAAUAACGUUCAACAUGAUCAAUCAGAACUACACCCAUUGAUUAUUGAGAAUGGGAGUUUCACGUGGGACUCUGAGACUCCAGACAGGCCUACGUUGAAGAACAUAAACCUGCAAGUGCAGCAAGGACAGUUGGUGGCUGUUGUGGGAACAGUUGGAUCAGGUAAGAGUUCACUGAUAUCGGCUUUCCUUGGAGAAAUGGAACGAAUUAGCGGGAGAGUCAAUACCAAAGGAUCAAUAGCUUACGUUGCUCAGCAAGCAUGGAUCCAAAAUGCAACUUUGCAAGACAACAUUUUAUUUGGGAAACCUAUGGACAAAGCUCUGUAUGCUAAAGUAAUUGAUGCGUGUGCUCUUGGUCUGGAUAUCAAAAUGCUGCCGGCUGGAGAUCAAACGGAAAUCGGCGAGAAAGGAAUAAAUUUAUCUGGUGGGCAAAAACAAAGAGUUGCUCUUGCUCGAGCUGUUUACACUGACUGCGAUAUUUAUUUUCUUGAUGAUCCUCUCAGUGCCGUUGACUCUCAUGUCGGAAAACAUAUUUUUGAAAAUGUCGUUGGACCCAGUGGUUUGCUGAAAAAAAAGACACGUGUACUUGUAACUCAUGGUAUUACUUAUUUGCCGGAAGUCGAUAAUAUUAUUGUGUUGAAAGACGGUGAGAUAACGGAAAGCGGGACAUACAAACAGUUGAUGGAAAAACGAGGAGCUUUUGCUGAUUUUCUCAUUCAGCAUCUUCAAGAAAUCAAGCCUGAGGAUGUGCCGGAAACUGAGCUGACGGAAAUUAAGCAACAACUUGAGUCGACUAUUGGACCUGAAGAACUUCAACAGAAAUUAACGAAAGCACGAUCUAGAUUGUCUAUCACUCACAGCGAGUCUGGAUCCAUUGAUCAAAAAUCAUUGACCGGUUCUUUACAUAGGCAACAAUCAGUAGAUAGUCAAAAAUCGGUUAAUAUCAUGCGCAGUUCUAGCAUCAAGGACAAUUCACUUACAGUAAAAGCCGGUGAGAAAAUAAUUGAAGCUGAAAAAACCGAAACCGGAAGUGUAAAAUUACGCGUGUACGCUCAUUAUUUAAAAUCAAUCGGUUGGUUUUUGUCAAUAUCAACAAUAAUAAUGAAUGCCAUUUUCCAAGCAUUCAGUAUUGGAUCAAACAUCUGGAUCAGUGACUGGUCAAAUGACAAGACAGUUGUUGUCAAUGGAACAGUUGAUGACUCUAAAAAACUCACGUAUGUCUCUGUGUACGGAGGUCUAGGUCUGGGUCAAGCAAUUUUUGUGCUUGUUGCACAGCUGAUUUCGGCUGUUGGCUGUCUGCGAAGCAGUAAAAUGCUGCAUGAUGAAUUAGUAUCUGGUGUACUACGUUUACCUAUUGGAUUUUUCGAUACCACGCCGUCUGGCAGACUAUUAAAUCGUUUUGGCAAGGACGUUGAUGUUGUCGACAAUGUAUUACCGAUGAAUCUUAGAACAUGGUUACUUUGCCUCGCAGGGGUGAUUGCUACACUUGUAGUAAUAAGUUACAGUACACCGAUAUUUAUAUCAGUGAUAGUACCUAUCGGUGUUAUUUAUUAUUUCAUUCAACGUUUUUACGUUGCGACUUCACGUCAAUUAAAACGUUUAGAAUCAGUAUCAAGAUCUCCUAUUUAUUCUCAUUUUGGUGAAUCCAUAACAGGUGCUCAAACAAUACGUGCAUUUAAUGUACAAGAAAGAUUUAUCUAUGAAUCAGAACGUCGAGUUGAUUUCAAUCAAAUGUGUUACUACCCAGGUAUUAUAAGUAAUAGAUGGCUGGCGGUGAGAUUAGAAAUGUUGGGUAACAUGAUAAUAUUUUUUGCCGCAAUAUUUUCUGUACUUGGAAGAGACUCAUUGAGUCCUGGUCUUGUUGGUCUGUCAAUUAGUUACGCACUUCAGAUAACGCAGACAUUAAAUUGGCUGGUGAGAAUGACAUCAGACGUCGAGACAAAUAUCGUCGCUGUUGAAAGAAUAAAAGAGUACGGAGAAACACCACAGGAAGCCGCAUGGGAAAUUCUUAGUACGGCUCCACCAAAAGACUGGCCUUCAGAAGGCCGCGUCGAGUUUCGUGAUUACAAAGUCCGCUACCGAGAGGGUCUUGAUCUUGUGCUCAAUGGGAUAAGUUUCGCCGUGAACGGCGGGGAGAAGAUUGGAAUUGUCGGGCGUACCGGAGCCGGCAAGUCAUCUUUGACGUUGUCACUAUUCAGAAUAAUUGAGGCGGCUGCGGGUAAAAUAUUCAUCGACGGCAUCGACAUAUCCAAGCUUGGUCUCCAUGCAUUGAGAUCAAGGCUCACAAUUAUCCCUCAGGACCCAGUUCUCUUCUCGGGCACUCUGCGUCUCAACUUAGAUCCCUUUGACUCGCACACUGAUGAACAAAUUUGGCAGGCGCUUGAACACGCGCACUUGAAAGCGUUUGCCAAAACUCUUCCCAAUGGACUCAUGUACUCGGUGUCCGAGGGUGGGGACAAUUUGAGUGUCGGUCAGCGGCAAUUAAUUUGUUUGGCUAGAGCUCUAUUAAGAAAAACUAAAAUUCUCAUACUGGAUGAGGCUACUGCUGCUGUUGAUCUAGAGACAGAUGAUCUUAUUCAACAGACGAUCAAAGAAGAAUUUAAAGACAGUACUGUUCUUACAAUUGCUCAUAGACUUAAUACGAUAGUUGAUUCGGACAGGGUAAUUGUUUUAGAUAAGGGAGUUAUAACAGAGUUCGAUAAACCGGAAGUUUUAAUGCAAACACCGACCAGCGCAUUUCACAGUAUGGCUAAAGACGCCGGAAUGGUCGCGUAAUUUAUCAAUAAAUUUUAAUUAAUAUUAUUUUUUAUCAUUAUUAAAUAAAUAUUUUUAUUCACCAAAAAACGCACACUCCAUUUCUUCAGUGCGUUGGUAACAGAUGACGAUUCACACAGCAUAUGAAGAAAGUAUUAAAUUUAAAAUACUCGGCAAAUUAUUUUUAAAAAAUAUAUAAAUCAAAACUGUCAUUGUAUUUAAACUUUAAAUUUAACCUCAGCCAUUUAACUUAAAUAGGCCACAUUGCUACUUAACCGAGAGUUAUUACAUUGACUACUGCCAAUCUAGUAAUUAAAAAAAUUAACUAUUUAAUUAACUAUUUAAAAUUAUUGUUUAAUGAUUUAUCACUGAGAUUUACAAAUAAUUAGUCUUGUCUUGUUUUUUUAUUGUUGUUAUCACUUCAAUUGUCUUUUAUUGCCGACUAUGUAUAAUUUUAUAUUUAUAUAUAAUUUUUAUUUGUAUACUUAAACUUUUUUUUUGUAAUUUAUAGUUAUCGAAAAAAUAUCACGAACUAGGGAUAGAUUGUCAUUAAUUUUGUUUUUAUUUUUGGUGUAAUAUAAAUUAUUAUUACAAUGCACCUUUUGCCUUUUAUCAAGUGAUAAAGUAAGAAUUUUUAAGUACAAUCUAGUAAUAAUUAAAAUUUUAGGGCAUUCUCAGACAGUACCCCUCCGCUUUUUUUUGAAAUUUUAGAUAAACUGUCAUAAGUGUCAAAAUUUUAUCGAUUAAUUAAAAAAUAAAUUGAAGAAAGGCCAAUUUCACUGAGAUAUAUAAUUUUCAAAAAAUUAAUUACAGUUUUUAUCAAAUAGAAGUUGAACAAAAUUUUAGCUUAUGAAAUUUCAAAAUUCUAAUUACAAAAUUUGCUUAAAAAAUUUCGUUCAACUCCUAAUUGGUGACAGCUGUCAAUAAUUUUUUAAAAAUUUUAUCUCAGCGAAAUUACAACUCCGUUGUCUUUUUUUUAUGAAUGCUUCCAUUUUUUUUUAAAUUAUUAACAAAAUUUUAAUUUAAAAAAAAAGUGGGGACACUGUUUGAUAAUGGCCUUAAUUAACUGAACAAAAAAUAACUUCAAACGAAUUACUAUAAUAAUAAUAAUAACAAUAAUAUUAGAUAAUUUUAUUUUUAAUGUAAUUUAAAAAAAAACGAAUGUAGAAUUUAAUUACUAAUUAUUGUUUACCACGUUAUCAAAAGCUUAAAAAUAAUCUAUUACACGUUAUAUUUUAAUUAACUGACAUGUGAAUCCUCUAUGCAAAGUAGAUAAGUUAAGUAGCGAUAAAAGAAAAAAGAAAAAUAAAAAAAAUAUUUGUACCUAAUUAUCAUGUACUUACCUUUUAUGUGGCAAGUACUUUUAAUUAAUUUAUUAAAAUAAUACACUUCUAUAUAUGCGCUCAUAUUUUAUUUUUCGGUAAUAAAAAAAUUUUUUAAAAAACA